AAUCACCUUCAUUCACCAUCCUAUUGCUUGGUUGCACUUAGCUCUCUUGCGUAUACUCACAAUGCCUAUUAUUCCCCGAUCCUCCUACUACGAUAGGCACUAUCGCCAGGCCCCGGCGCUGGUUCGCGCUCGGAAGCCGUUUCUGAUCAAGAACAUUCUGACUGGUGGCGCCAUAUUCGCAUUCGUUGCUGGUGUUUACGCAUUCACGAUCCGCGCUGUCGCGCAAGACGAGUUCGAAGAUGUAAAGGUCCCUGAUGCGCCUUUGCAGCCGGCGCACGCCCCGAAUGCCACACCCGUGCGAUCGGCUGGUACGAUUGGCAGCGCACCUCUAGCCAAAUAAUUUGUGGCGGUAUGGGGCAGCUUCUCGUGAUAGGAAUCGGCGGAACCCUCUAGAAUUGGUUUUACAACCGGUACAUUAUAUAAUAGGGGAAAGACGAGCGUUAGCGGAAAGACACGCGGAGACAAGCAAGCAUUGGGAAGGCGUUUUCUUGAUUUAAAGGGAAGGAUAGUAUUGAAUCUCACAACUUAUCUCUGAACUCUCUUAUCAUCCAGCAGAAUUGUGAAGAAGCGGCC